CGGCGGCGGCGGCGCGCGGCGCGGCCCCCUCGCGGCGCUGACAUGGGGUGGCGGGCGCGCCGCUCGCUGUUGGCGGCGCCCGCGGGCCUGCUGCUGCUGCUGGGCCUGCUCUGGCCGAGGGAGGCUUGCGGCGGCUACCACGAAAAGCGGCUGCUGCACCACCUACUGGACCACUACAACGUGCUGGAGCGGCCCGUGGUCAACGAAAGCGACCCGCUGCAGCUCUCCUUCGGCCUCACGCUCAUGCAGAUCAUUGACGUGGACGAGAAGAACCAGCUAUUAAUAACAAACAUCUGGCUUAAGCUCGAAUGGAAUGAUAUGAACGUGAGAUGGAAUACUUCAGAUUUCGGAGGUGUAAAAGAUUUGCGAGUACCACCCCACAGGCUAUGGAAACCAGACGUGCUUAUGUACAACAGUGCGGACGAAGGCUUCGACAGCACUUACCCAACCAACGUGGUGGUGCGAAACAACGGCUCCUGUCUGUACGUGCCGCCUGGUAUCUUCAAGAGCACCUGCAAGAUCGACAUCACCUGGUUUCCAUUCGACGACCAGCGCUGCGAGAUGAAGUUUGGCAGUUGGACUUAUGACGGAUAUCAAUUGGACCUUCAACUUCAAGAUGAAGGAGGCGGAGAUAUAAGCAGUUUUGUCACAAACGGCGAAUGGGAACUAAUAGGCGUGCCAGGCAAACGCAACGAAAUAUACUACAAUUGUUGCCCGGAGCCGUACAUUGAUAUCACAUUCGCGGUGGUGAUCCGACGGAAGACGCUUUACUACUUCUUUAACCUUAUAGUACCGUGUGUGCUCAUCGCCUCCAUGGCGCUAUUGGGCUUCACCCUGCCACCUGACUCCGGCGAAAAACUGUCACUGGGAGUAACGAUUCUGCUGUCAUUGACGGUGUUUCUGAACAUGGUAGCGGAGACGAUGCCGGCGACGUCGGACGCCGUACCGCUCCUGGGCACAUACUUCAACUGCAUCAUGUUCAUGGUGGCCUCCUCUGUCGUCUCCACGAUACUCAUCCUAAACUAUCACCACCGCCACGCAGAUACGCACGAAAUGAGUGAUUGGAUUCGCUGCGUAUUCCUGUACUGGUUGCCAUGGAUCCUACGCAUGUCCCGGCCGGGCUCGGCGGCCACGCCCCCGCCGGCGCGCGCGCCGCCGCCGCCGGACCUGGAGUUGCGCGAGCGCUCCUCCAAGUCGCUCCUAGCGAACGUGCUCGACAUCGACGAUGACUUUCGCCAUGCGCACGCGCAGCAGCCCUGCUGCCGAUACUACAGGUCCCUCGACGAUCUACACGAACACUACUCACCGGGGGGCGAAGAAAACGGAGCCGGGCUGGCUGCGCAUAGCUGUUUUGGUGUCGACUAUGAGCUCUCGCUCAUACUGAAAGAGAUCAGAGUCAUCACAGAUCAGAUGCGCAAAGAUGACGAAGAUGCGGACAUUUCGCGCGACUGGAAAUUCGCCGCCAUGGUCGUGGACAGACUGUGCCUUAUUAUCUUUACCCUGUUCACAAUCAUCGCCACGCUAGCCGUGCUGCUGUCCGCGCCACACAUCAUGGUGUCGUAGCGACCCGCCCGCCUGCGGCUGCGCACGCGUAACGUUCUGUGAUACCGCGAAUACUUGUUAAGUUGUGAUGUGCGAACCGGCGCGGGCGCUGACACCGCGACGAAGGAGUUGCCGCCGCUAGCCUCGACGCCCGCGCCCCCUGUAGAUGUAAGUUACCGCUGACUGCCAUCCCUGUGCGUUCAACCGAAAACUGCCUAUCCGACUAAUAUCCUAUAACCUCUGAGGUCGUCCUAAUCGACUCCUAUGCUACUUCUUCCAUGUUAUGACGAAAGGUCGUCACUAUCAAGGGAUAAUAAUAUUUUACACGCAACUGGUCCCCAAAGAACAGCAGAGUCAGCAAAUGUCUUAAACUGCGUCAAGUGGUUUGGAGCAGUAGUUCCUGUCCUGGAACUGAUAAGCAAUAGCGGCAGUACACUGCCGCGCCACCGCCAGCGCCGCGCACGCUGGUCUUGCUUGAGAGGUCCACGCUAGAGUAGUCACCGUUUCAAAUGGCCGUAAGUUACGAUUGUGGCCGAUACAUGAAUUUUAGCACAAAAACGUCUUCCUUCAAACCGUUAAACGACCUGAUUCGCAUUUAAAAUUUAAACUUUGUUAGAACUUUCUUGAUUCUUAAAAUCUAUUGUACAGUCUAGGGUUUGGGCAGAAACGCAAAGGCCCUUUGUUUCCUUCUUGUUCGAUUCCGUGAAUCGUGGUUAUCCCUAACUUUAUUUUCGGAAGUAUUUGUGUCAUUAGCUAGUAUAGAACUUUACAAACAAUGUUGAUUCAAUUGGUACAGGUUGUGAUAUGCCUCGUUGUGAACGGGUCGAUAUUGUUAUAAAUGGUAAAAUAUCCAUGGCUAUAGCUUAAUAAAACGUUCGUUAAAAGUUGUAGUUAAUCAAAGUAUUAUUUUGUAAAAGUCAUACCUGGGUCUUUCGGAACGACUUAUACAAAUAAAUUGAAUUACAUAUUAAUAAUCAAGUUUGUACUUCUUUCCAUACAGUAACAGUGAAUUCAUACGCUGAAAUAAUCUUAGCUUUAUGCAAAUUUUCUCCUUUAUCAAAAUCUUAAUUGAGGCUAAAGUCAUUUUUUCAGGUGUACAUAUUAAACAUAUUAAUUACUACAUGAAGUUAUACAUCGCCAUCAAAAUUAUACAAUUUUUUCUACUGUUGCAUCAGACAAUAUUUAUGGAGACAGUUAAUAAAAUAUUAUACUGUGCAUUAUUACUGUGAAUCCAAACA